AUGGCAAAGGCGGCAGCUGUUGGACCUUGUAUGACUGAUUGCAAGCUUUUAAGACUACAGGCACUAUUCAGUGAACUUGGGAGUGCAACAGAAGCACUAACCACGUUAUCAGGCCAAUUAACUGAAAUGUCCCAUGAAACCAGGACCCUAAACCUCCAAACCAAGCAACCAAAUCCCAUGAGGCAGGCCUGGCUUCCUCGAGAAGGACGUGUGUUGCAGCUCCUAUAUGGAGACCUCUACUAUCCGGUCUCCAAUGCCACGGCUCUGGAUAUUCAACAAUUGGUGACAGGUAAAAACACCCUGAUCACCCCCACGUCGGCAGGGACCUCACAACACUCUUUUUGCCUAGAAAUUCUGUCCAUCUCUGGAGUGUCUAAGCAGAGUCUGCAACUGCGUUCCAAGAACUCCAGAGAACUUUUACCGGCAUCCGUAACCUCCACACUGUUACAAUUAACGAAUCAGACAUCCUUAACCCAGACGGCUGCCCCAUCAACCAGUCUGGUCAUCAUCCAAGAUCACUGGGAUGAACACCUGCAGCUAGGGAAGGGAUUUCAACUGCCAGAUGUGCCCAGGAACCCAGGAACUAUACCUUCUUCAAGCCUUGGGGAGACCAGAGUUCCUGUGAGCCAGCAAGAGAUGCUGUAUAGCAACCACAAAUUUUCCCAUGGGAACCAAGGCCAGCAGCCCUUGAGAUCCCAUGUCUCUCUGCUGUUCCUGACCACAGACCUCACGAAUCUGACACAUGCUAUAGCCAUACAUACGGUCACUAUCUUCCCCACCCACCUCUCAUUACUCAGUCCUGAACUUCUCAGGUUUCUUGAGGUCCACGUAAAAAAAUGGAUGCAUUUCCAGAGGUGGGGACACCCCAGGCAUGUGGAAGAGUCCCUGAGGCAGCUUAUGAAUGAUAAUUUGAAUGCUUAUGUUGAAACAACUGGGACCAUUUCCCACAAGACGUGGGGUUCCUGUAUGCUCAGCCAGCCUACUCAGGCCUUCUGGCUUUUUAAGUGGUCCAUCAGGGACCAAGACCAAAGCUGCCACUGCCAGAGAACCCCAAGCCCUCUGGCUCUGGCCUUGCCCUCUCCAGCCCUUAAAGUUCUAAAUAGCCUCUAUCCACAGCCUGAGAGACAGGCUGAAGACUCAGGUGAUCAUCUGAAGCAGAAGCACAGCCAGCAAUUCUGCAGCUUCUCUUGUCUAGCCAGUGAGUCCCUGCUUGUCACUGACAUUGAUCGUCUGAAGCAGAAGCACAGCCAGCAAUUCUGUAGCUUCUCUUGUCUAACCAGUGAGUCCCUGCUUGUCACUGACAUUGAGUUUCAAGGGAUUUCCACAAACAGGCACAUACCCCAAUUUCCCUUGAAUGUUCUUGUUUUCUUCAAUGAGCACUCCUUCCUCCCGCUCUUGCCUAAUAAUCCACCCCAGUCAGCUUCACCUUCUUCCACAUCUGUCCCAAACUUGGUGUCUCCAACUGACCAUCAACGAAACCAGAUCAAUAUCCCAUUUCGGGCUCUGGCCAAGUUCAGAGUGUUGGAGUGGAACCUGCUGCAGAGGCAGCUCCAGGUUAGGUGGCAAUUGCCAGCUGCUUUCGAGAGAUCUCAGUAUGCCCAGAGUCUCAUGCAAUAUAAGACCGGUGACACAACCCCGUCUCCAGAGACCCUGAGAUCUUCCUGGUCCAGGAAGCCCAUCUCACUCCUCAGGGGGGAACUACCCUUCUUCCCGGACCAUGCCCAGAGGCUGCUGGAGUUCCACCUCCAAAAGCAGUUAAUUCCCCAGCACGGUGGCAUGUCUCAGAGGAUCAAGCAGUCCACUACAUUGCUCCUGUCCCGUGCUGACCAACAGCCUCUGCUCUUGAGAAGUAAAGCCUUGGACAAUGUGAAUGCCUCCUGGUCUGCAGCCCCAGAGGUCAGUGGGGUUAGUGACAUGACCUCACUCACAUUGGCCCCAGUGUUAGACUCCAUGCCACGCUUGCUCACCCAAACCACAGCAAUACUGCAGAAACACAUCGAUUACAAAGGUUGGCAGACCCUCCAGGGUACUGUCAUUGCCCAUAUAUUUAUCUGCCAGGACAGUGGAAUCCCAGGGAGUAUGGAGGUAGCUCAGUACCCCUGCAUUCCAGAAAACAAGCUCUUAGAGCUGAAGGCAGCAACUGAUCCUGAGAUAUAUCAGAAAGUUAUGCCCUCACAGACCUCACCAGGUGCUGUCAUUGACCACACUAAGCUGUCCAGAUCCCUGCCCAAGGGACCCGUGGAGAAGCUGGGAACUAAUUUACAGGACAAACAUCUAGCCUUCCUGUCAGGGCUGCCUGAUCUCUAUUAUUUGGCUCCCUCCAAGGCCACAGGCCUGCCAAUCACUAGCCAAUCUGAAAUUGCAGAGAUAAUGCCUGAGCCUGUUGAAAUCACACCAGAGCCUCUGACUGAGAUGAUCUCCUACGAAGAACAGUGCAUAAGUCCUGGGCCAGGUCUUCAAGAUGACGAGACUGGUGCAGACGGUGCACAGGAAUUCCUUGCUGAAGUGCAGGAGGAACAAACAAAGGAGAUGGUGCAUCUAGAAAGUCAAACAGAUGCUGUUAUUCUAAAGGCACUCAAAACACCCAUCUUGACCAAACUAAAUUUCCAUCUGAGAAAAAAGGUCCUAGAGAUACAGAUGGGAAUUCCCAUAAAAGCAAGGGAGUUUCGGAACCAAACUGUAGUAGUCUCAGAGAAAUUACCCACACAGGAGGCAUCUGGGAGUCUAAACAGUGAAGGGAAAACAUGGCUCCAGAAACUCCACAUCCCACCAAACAGUCCAUAUGCCCCAGAUCCAGAAUUGACCUGCCUCAGAAAACAGCUGAUUUUUGAGCUAAAGACAGUACAGGAGAGGAAGAAACAAGGCAGUUCCAGAGCAGGGCCCCAUGGUUCUAACCACUGGGUCUCCAAGAUCUCACAUCUCAGCAGGGACAUGGCAGAUGUCCAGGAGCUUUGUGCUCAGCUAGAAGCCAGAGUGAACAGCCCCAGCCUGGAAGAGGCCUGGUGCCCUGAGUCUCAAGGCCCCAGCAAGACCAAUGACUCGGCCCAAGUACCCACACUGGCAGUGAAGAAAGAGUACCCACGGAAACCGAAACCACAAGAGGACACUACAGAAUGGAAUCCAGGGUUUGGGCUGCCCUCACCCACAGAAAACAGACCCCCUGCUGAAGACCAGAAGCCAGCAGGGUUAUCUGUGAACAGGACACCCCGAGGUCCCUGGCAAAGGAGUGUGAGCUUUGAUAUUACAGCCCCCUCUCAGCACAGUCCUCAGUACUGUCCUCAGUUUAAGCUCCCAAAACUACCUCCAGGGGCUCUUGGGGGGAAAGAUUCUGAGAAGAAUGAUGUGGAGGACAGUGAAAACAACCUGAAUGUCAUUACAGAACCAGGCAGGAUUCCUGGGACUGCCCAGCCUGUGGUGCCCCAGGCUUCACAGGGCCAGUCUUCGCUGGGCCCACUAAUUCAGGGUAAGCCUUUGCAGGACAAACCUUUGUGGAAUGAGACCCCAGAGGAGGGAAUGAGACUAGCCCAUACUCAGAAGAGCCCUGGCCUUCCAGAACCUGGCUUAAGAAAUAAGGUGAAGUGCAUUUUUAGCUGUAUUCAUUCCAAGACAGUAGAUGAGAAAUCCAUGUUUUCCUCAGAGGAGAAAGUGACCAAAACGCGAAAAAAUCGUCUUAAGAAGAGCCUGGCCCCAGCCAAAGGCCUGUGGGACAAGCUAAGACAGAGAAGACAACAAAGGAUCCGAAGCCCAAUCUCUCCCCACUGA